GGAAGAAGCGCCGUGCCGCGCCACACAGCUAACCACCUCCUCUAUGGCCGGCGCCGAGCAGCCCCCGUGACCGAAUGAUACUGAGGAGGCUGUGGGGACUCGGGAAAGCGGCGAGGAGCGGCCGUUGGGGCCUGGCUUGGCCAGCUCUCCACAAGUUCUCUCCACAAAUGAGCUGCAAGAACUGAGUGAUGAGGUCUUCAGACUCAGCACUGUACAUGAAAUUGUACUGAAUGCUGACUUGGAAGUGCACAUGGUCAACUUCCCCCCACACAGCCUGGAAAAUAGAGUGAAGGAGACAUUGCACAAAGCCUUCUGGGACCGCCUGAAAAAACAGAUCUCUGCUAGUCCUCCAGACUACACUCAGGCAAUCCAACUGCUGCAGGAAAUAAAAGAAGCUCUGUUAUUACUGCUGCUGCCUCAGAACAGCCAGCUGCGAAGCCAAAUUGAAGGGGUCCUGGACUUGGAGCUGAUCAGGCAGGAGGCUGAGCAUGGGGCUCUGGACAUCCGCGGUCUCACCACGAGCAUCCUUGGCACAAUGGCAAUGCUGUGUGCGCCUUUUCGAGAUGAGGAAGUGCAAGGACUGCAAAGCCUCACGGACCCAGCUGAGCUUCUCAGGGAGAUCUUCCGGGUGCUGGACCUGAUGAAAAUGGAUAUGCUGAAUUUUACCAUCCAGAGCCUCCGUCCAUACUUACAGGAAUGCUACGUCCAGUACGAACAGGAGAAAUUCCAGAAAAUCUUAGAUAAGCUUCCUAAUAGCCUGGAUAACACAACAGAGUGGCUGCGAAGAGCAGCAGCAGCAGUGUCUGCAUCCUCUUUGCAGUCUCCGUCCUGCCCUGCAGCCAGCAGCUCUUCUGAUGCACGCUUCCAGGGAGCUGUCAGCAGUAGCUCAACUGUGCCUAGUGUCAUGUCUGUGCUAAAUCGAGGCUACAUGGAUCUGCUCUGUUGGGAGCCUGGACAAAGCGAAUAUCCUGAGACCUUGCUUCUGGAUCAGGCUCGACUACAGGAAGUACAAGCACAAGUGAAUCAGCUUACCAUCAUAGCUGCGGUCCUGCUAGUGACUAGUGGCGUGUGUGGAAACACCUUAUUUGGCUCACCUGGGUUUAUUGAUAGGCUGAAACUGGUAACAAAGGUCCUCUUGGAAGGGCUGUCUUCUAUCAGGUAUGAAGAAGCUUUGCAAGACAUCAGUGAUCAAGUGCUCCAGGAAGUCAGCAGAACACUCUCACAGCUGGGUUACCCUGCUUUUGCCAGUGAGAAAUGUACAUCCCUGAAAGGCCAGAUAAAAAGCAUCGCUGACAAGGGCAACGCAGUCCGUCACAUCAUCGGCUGGGCAGUAUGUGAUGGCAAUGACUCACUGAUGGAGCAGCAUUAGAAGCUACAGAGCCAGACAGUCUAUCCCUUGCUGUGUCUAAAAUCAACAUCUUGUCUGUACUCUUUGUCCACUAUCAGCAUUUCCCAAAUACAUACUUGAAACACAAGAACAUCUGAGGUAGUUGGGUAGUUAAUUUCAGCUCUGUGCUCCUCAGAGAGGCUUCCUGAAUACUUUCAAUUUUAAAAUGCUGCUGUGUCAGUCCAGAUAAAUCCAGGCUCUGAAGUUCUAUAUUCCAUUAUGCUUCUAAGAUGCCUAACACUUCAGUUCUGUUCAAAAACUCACAGAGUGGGCAAAAAAA